AUGCCCAAACCCUCCAAACGCAAAUCCAACACCAAGCCAUCUACCUCUCCAACCUCCACCUCGUCCUCAAAUGACAUCCCCCGCCCCUUCACCAAAGCCCCUGAUCAUCUCCAACCCUUCCUCACCAAUCUCCCCUCCGACCACAUCUACAUCACCUCCCUCGACAACCACCCCCGCGCAUUCAAACGCCGUCUCUUCUCCGUUCCCCUCCUUCUCAACAUCUUCCUCAGCAUCGUAGUCCUCUACCGCAUCUACGUCGCCCUACCGACCUACCUCUCCAUCCUGACUGCCGCAGCCGGCUAUGAUUCCCCUCAUAAACUUGAUGUGCACCGCAUCCCCGCCUUGGGCUUGCUGGGCGUCGGAUUCGAGCGGACGAUGAUGUUCUUGGGGGAUUUCAUACUGCUGAGAUUCAUUGGGAUGUGGCCCUUGGAUUUCUUCCUGGGUAGUGGGCUGUUCGGAAGAGAGGUGAAUGCAUCUCCGGUGGCGUGGCGGAGGGCGGUCACGUUUGCUGAUGUUGAGCUUGUGGUUCGGAGGAGUAGGAAGUGGGAUCGGGAGGUGUAUUACCGGGAAAAGGUCGGAGGUGAGGAGACGGUGAACGCUAUAGAGGAAGUUUUGGCAGAAGGUUUGGAGGGGAAGUUGGUGAACGAGAGAGUGCUGCCGGCUGUGGAGCAGCGGUGUGUUAAGGAGAAAACGGCGUAUCAGAUGCUGGAUAAGAGCUGGGAUCUCUACUUUUCUGGCAUGAUUGAGGCGCAUGCGCUUGUGGAGGAGGGGACUAAUAAGUUUGAGGAUUUCAAGACUGGCGUGUUUGUUUUCACGGAACGGUGUGGAUGGUUGAUCUGGGAGGUAUGGAGGGAGCAUGAAGAUGGGCUGGAGACUCAGAACUCGAAGUAUUUACAAGGCGUGAAGGAUACAUUGACUGCCUUGGGCAAAGAGAAUUUGUUCUUUAGAGUUAUUGAGGUUUUACAAAGCGAGACUAGCCAGGCCGGUGAUUUUACAGUGGACAGACGGCAGAAAGCUAUUGAUAAGAUUCGCGAAGAAUUCAGCGAUCAGAAGAUAGAUUUUGAAGAGUUUUGGGAAGGCGUUGGAGGCAUCGACUCAAUGCCGGGUUUACAAGCAGACUAA